GCGGCGGUGGGCGAUCGGGUACCGAGUGAAGUUGCGCGCUCAAACUGCGAGAAUCGCAACCGCGUUUUCUCAACGCGGUCAGUUGAGAAAAGAUUUGCGACGCAACAGGUCAGAGGGAACCGUUUGUCUCAUAUCCGCCGCGCUUUCGACUCGCCGAGGGCGAGUCUCGCGCGUGAAUUGUCGUCGGGUACCGAGAGAGCGAGAUUGUCGCGAUAAAGUGUCGUUGAAUAUCGUGGAAGUUGCCGGGAGAAAAGGGAGAUCUCGCGGAACGUGCCGGAUCGGAACGGACAUCGCGUUUCCACACAAUGGCCGUUCAGAGUUUAAAUCGUCGGGGAUUUUCGACCCGUCGAGAAGGUCGCGCUCGCAAAAUAAUAAUGUCGGGAGUGCCGAAGAUAAAUCUCGCGCGUUUGUGAUAAGGAAGAUCUUUACAUCGCCGAAGGAAGCGUGGCGUUGUUUCCUCGUGCAACGGAUCGUUAGAAGCAUCGGACGAUGAACACAAUGUAUUCGCCGUGGUUAUGGCAGUUUGGGAUUGAAAUUGUCGCAUCCUGCGCUUCCGGCUCGCCGAAGGAGAACCUUUCGCAUCAAGAGGAAGAUGCGUCCGACUCGGAUCAGGACGACGACAGCACGGAAGACCUAUUCCAACAGCCUCGGCAGAGCAACACGCAAUCUCCGCUGGACACCGGGUCGUUGCAGGCCGGCAAUAAUCUAGUGCCGAAUCCUACAUUGGCACAGAUCCAAAAUCUGCUGACCGCCCACCCGCACAUUCUGACGAAGAUGAAACUGGAGAACGAAAGUGAAAUGCUGGAAAACACUAGGAAUGGACUGGACGCGUUACAUCGGGUGUUCAACGAAGCAGCGUUGAACAACAGCAAUAUGUCGCCCUUCGGCAGCAUGCCCCAUUUCAGUUUCAAUCCGCAUUCGUUCCUGUCGCAACCGCAGUUGCACAACAAUCACGCGCAACUGGGAAGUUACAGCAGCGUGUCCGGCAGCCGCAUAGUCUCGCCUGUCAACACCCGUCACAGCGAUUCUCCGAUGGGCAGCAGCCCGUCGGGUAGCAGCGAGGUCCGCGAGACCAACAAUAACAAUAGCAGCAGCAACAACAACAACAACAACAACAACAACAACAACCACCACCACCACAGAGAGUCGCAGAAUGUGCGCGCGGAGUGCAGCAACAGCGUGCAAAACAGCGUCGCCGGCACGAGCCAUCAGCCGGGACCGAGUCAGCAACCGGGACCGAGUCACCCGCCAGGGCCGAGUCCUUUGCCAGGAUCGAAUCCUCAGCAGACGAGCUGGAGCUUCGAGGAUCAAUUUAAACAGCUGUACGAGCUCUCUGACGACCCGCAGCGCAAGGAGUUCCUCGACGACCUCUUUUCCUUCAUGCAAUCUCGAGGCCAACCGAUCAAUCGCCUGCCCAUUAUGGCCAAGUCCGUGCUGGAUCUAUACGAGCUGUACAACCUGGUGAUCCAACGAGGCGGUCUCGUCGAGGUAAUCAACAAGAAGCUCUGGCAGGAAAUCAUCAAGGGUCUCCGCCUGCCAUCGAGCAUCACUUCCGCCGCGUUUACUCUGCGCACUCAAUACAGAAAAUACUUAUACGACUACGAAUGCUCCAAGGAGCAUUUGUCAACCCCGGAGGAGCUCCAAGUGGCUAUCGAUGGGAACCGUCGCGAGGGCCGUAGAAGCAGCUACAGCACUUAUUCAGGUAAUGGACCCAGCGAAAACUCGAUGCCUCGUUCGCAGCACAUUGCGAAUCCGCUGGCAUUGGCGGCACCGCAAAUCACGCUUCCUCUGAUAGCUGCGGGUGGACAUCAGCAUCACAGUAUGCAGCUGAACGGGAGCUCCGGCCACAACCCGCUGUCGCAUAUUCACCUGCCGCCCCAGGGGAAUCCACUUAGCCAGGGUGGCAAUCCCAUUCAAAGUCCAUUACAUGGCUUGGCACCUUCGACCGACGUCAUGCUCGAAUAUUUUAAGCUGUUCAAUUUACCGACAAAGGAAGACGCGGGUACACCAUCGCCGUCAAUGCAUCGGCAAAAUGCAUGCAUCGGUAAUGGGUCUCCGGGGGCGUCAUCGCCACCGCGGGACAACAACGGAUCCAACGCUAUGGAGGUAAUAAAGUCCUCAUGGACGCUAUACAAUAGUAUGUAUGCAGGCAGGUCUCGGCAGUUGACCUCCUCGCCGCCGCGGAAUCAAGCGCCGCGGUCCCCGGUGAGAGUCCGUUCGCCGAUUCCAAGACCCCGUUCUCCGAUGCGACGACAGCGCUCGCCGUUACGAAGAUCCCGCAGUCCGGAACCGCAAGCUUUAGACCUGGUUCGAUCGCCGGGACGUUCUCCUGCCAUACAAAGCCCGCCAUCCCUGCCUGGCAAUACCAUCAUGAUGGGUAGGCACCAACAGCACAUGUCAGGAAUGCCGAGCCAUUCCUCUGUAGCGAGAACACAGGACGAGGAUAAUAUGCCUAAUAACUUCAUCACGAUCAACUGCCAAUCCACACGAAGAAACGGCGCUGGUUCUCUGUCAAUUUGCGCAACUUUUGGCGGUAUCGUCUACGAGGGAAUUCUGUUACCUCGAGACGGCAACGAAUCGCCAUCACAGAGAGCGACGCCCGAGAACACUCCGUGAAGAGCGUCGCACAGCAAGAAAUCUCCGUACGACGCGAAAUAACGUCGCGCAAAUCAAAGGCACAU